CGGUGCUCCCGGAUCCCCCGGCGCGGCGCGGCUGCCGCCGGGCGCCCUCCGACGCCAUGUGCCGGCCAUGCGGGCGUGCGGAGCGGAGCGCAGCACAGCGCAGCGCGGCGGCCCGGCGGGCGCUCCCGCGGCGGGACGGCAGCUCCGCCCCCGGGCCGGGGGGUGCCAGGUGCCGGGGCGGUGCGUCCCCUGCCCUGCCCCGCCCCGGCCCGCCCUGCCCUGCCCUGCCCUGCCCUGCCCUUCCCUUUCCCUCCCACCCCCGGCGGGCCGGGGGAGCCCAGCGGCGCCCCGGGGCGGUUCCGCAGCCGGUGGGAUGUCGUGCGCCGUCCCGGCGGCGACGGCGGGGGGCAGCGCGUUGCCCCGGAGCGCGGCGGCCGAGGGCAGCCAGCAGAGUCAUGAAGAAGAUGACAGGAAGGUAAGGAGGAGAGAAAAAAAUCGGGUUGCUGCCCAGAGGAGCCGGAAGAAGCAAACUCAGAAAGCAGAUAAACUUCACGAGGAAUAUGAGUCCCUUGAGCAAGAAAAUACCUCCCUGAAAAGAGAAAUCGGAAAGCUAACAGAUGAAAUGAAACACUUGAGUCAAGUGUUGAAGGAUCAUGAAAAGGUCUGUCCACUAUUGCACUGCACUAUGAACUUUGUGACCGUACCAAGGCCCGAUGCACUCGCCAGCUGCCUGCCAAGAUGAGAGCCGUCCUCGAUCGCCUUUAAAUGUGAUGUGUGAAAGUGCCAUUAAUGGGAGAUUUGAAGAACUGCCUACUUAUGGUGCAGGUCUUCCAUCGAAGAGGGCUGGACUUGACCACAUUGAAGUGUUACAGUCUUCUGAAUCUCGGGAAAACACCAGUAUGGAAAAAAAGACAAUUCAAACUGCGUCUUCUUGUUUGGUAGAAUCUUCGAGCCAUGGUUUUGCAUUCAGAAAUGUCAAAGUGUGGUGCAGCCCACCAUCGUACAAUGGAAUGUAGACAGGGAAACGUAUCAACCUUGGGCUGGGAAGCCUUUCUCCCACACAUCCACUGCCAGUAACCCUUUGUCACUUGUCAUCCACGUAUAUCACAUUCUGGCUGCUGGGGAUUAUUUUUUUCCUCUAAACAAGUUUGGUUAAUAAAAGUGAUGUCCAAUCUUUA